UUGUGUUUUUAAGUUUUAGUCAUUAAGUAUAAAAAAACUUUUACAAAAGAAAGCAAUGAAUGAUGAUGGUGCAGUUAUAUAUGGUGUUGAAUUUCAGGCUCGUUCAUUAUGUCCUCAGCAUGGUGAUACUGAUGCAGUUCGUUUUCUUGUUGGAACACAAUCUCUAAAGCGUAAAAACCAAGUUCAUUUAAUUGAGUUUGAUGAGGAAACCAAUUUGAUUAACAAAAACAUAGUGACACAUGAAGCUGGUGAAAUAUGGGACAUUAAUUCAAAUCCUUUAAACAAAAAUGUUAUCUCUACUUGUUACAAUGUGUCACUGGAUAAUAAAAUUCAAACAAAAGCCUCAUUAUGGCAAAUUCCACCAUUAGAUGAUAUGGGACCUGUUCAUUCCAACAGUAUGUUAGAAACUAGUCAAUAUUAUAGCUUGCAACAUAUAUGUGAUCUCGAUGCUGGUCAUGGUCAUGUACGUAAAGUUCUAUGGAAUUUAGCUGGUGAUUGCAACAAAUUAGUAACAAUCUCAGAACACCAUAUUGAUAUAUGGGAUAACAACACUGUACAACUUACAAACAGUAUUUCUUUAGAAGGAAAAGUUCAAUUGCAGUAUAGUAAUGGAAGAUUUAGUCCUCAUCACAGUGGAUCGCAAAUAGCAGCAGCCAUUGAUACAACAGUAAAAGGAUAUGAUUUGCGCAGUAUGUCUGUCGCUUUUACCAUUGAAGAUGCUCACUCCCAAACUGUUCGUGAUAUGGAUUUCAAUCCAAAUAAACAAUAUUAUUUAGUUAGCUGCUCAGAUGACUGCAAAGUGAAGUUUUGGGAUACGCGGAAUACACAUAGCCCCCUCAUGAUUCGAACAGAUCAUUCACACUGGAUAUGGAGUGUGCGAUACAAUAAUUUUCAUGAUCAAUUAGUUUUAACUUCCAGCAGUGACAGUCGUGUUAUUUUAUCUAAUAUUGCUUCAUUAUCUUCUGAGCCAUAUGGUCAUAUUGAUGAUGAGGAUAACAGUGAGUCAAAAGAGCCUGAUUCUGAUCGCAUUAUUAAUAUUUAUGAUGAGCAUGAAGAUAGUGUUUAUGCUGUUGAGUGGUCUGUCGCUGAUCCAUGGACUUUUGCAUCCUUAUCGUAUGAUGGAAGAUUAGUUAUUAACAAAGUCCCUCGUGUUGAGAAAUAUAAAAUUUUAUUAUAGUUUAUAAAUUUCAAAAAUUUAAAAUUUUUUUAUUUUACGUGUUUUUAUUGUUGCUGGUUUGAUGUUGUUGAAUGUCUUUUUGAUAAUGAUUUGAUGUUGGAUGUUUUCUAUCUGUGAUAUUCAUUUUUUCUGGUAUUUAUGAUAUCUUGUUGUAUUUUUUAGUUUUAUCUAAUGGUUUAUUACAAUUUA